AUGACAGUUCAGCCUUCUUCUUCAGCCACAAGGUACUCUCAACCCAAGAACGGUCUUUUGAGUCUACUGCCUUCGUCAUGGGUGCCUUUCAUGGAAUUGAUGCGGUUGGACCGACCUCAGGGCUACUACGCCUUUUAUUGGCAUUAUCUCAUCGGGCUAAGCUUUGCAGCCUGCGGGGUCUCUGAUUCGUUGUCUCCAUCUGAGUUACUGGUCCUUGCCGCCUACUUAGGGCUCUGGGUUCUUGUCCUCCGCGGUAGUGUCUGCACUGUGAACGACAUUUGCGACCAAGACUUUGACCGACAGGUUGCUCGCACUCGAUUUCGGCCACUUGCACGACGGGAAAUCUCCACGACACAAGCCACAGUAUUCACGAUUGCUCAGUUGUUCGUGUUGACUUUGCUUACGCUUCCACUACCUACUAGCUCCUACCCAUUCGCGGCGGUAACAACAUUGGCUCUCAGCGCGUACCCUCUCGGCAAACGUAUCACACAUUUCCCGCAAGUGAUACUCGGAUUAGCAUUCGCCAUUCCUAUUUUCAUGUGCUGCGUGAUACUGGACAGACCCACUGACGCUGGCGAUCGUUCUUCCCGUGCCGUCUUCGCCCUAUACUGGGUCAGCACAUUUUGGACGAUUAUCAGCGACACUAUCUAUGCCCACCAGGACAUGAGCGAUGACGCUAAGGCUGGAGUGAAGUCACUAGCAGUGUUUCUCGGCAAUCAAACAAAAUUGUGGCUAGCUGUCUUGGCCAUAAUCCAAGUUGCGUUGCUUGUGUUCAUCGGUGCAGAGUGCGAUUUUUCGUUCCUAUACUACACUCUGUGUUGCGCCGGCACUGCGCUCUCUUUGGGGGCGAUGCUGCUGACCGUCGAUCUACAACAACCAGCCAGUUGUGCAUGGUGGUUUGGGCCUGGAGCCCGCCUAGUGGGCUGCAGCUUAGUUGGUGGCUUUUUGGCCGAGUAUGUCUACCGACGAGGUGGUCUAUAG